AUGAAUCUAGAGAUGCGAGAUGAGGCCCUGCUUACUGAGCAUAAACCUGAAGAAAACCCAGAGGUUACAGAAUAUGUGCAAGCUGACUGUGGGCAGCAAAUGAUUUCUGUUUCCAGUGAUAAGGAAGUAAACAGAAAUGCCGAGGGGAGUGAAAAGGUAAAGAUGAACAAAGAGCUGCAAAACACAAUGUAUUACCUCAGUGAGGAGGUGGAGAGAAGAAAUUCAGAGAUUACUGAAAAUGUCAAGAUGAUGAAAGAGCAAAAAAAUGCAAUUUGCUUCCUUAAUACAGAAGUGUUGAAGAGAGACCAUGAGAUCAGCAGAAAUGAAAGAACGAGCAGACAGCUGGAGGAGGAGAUUUGCUUCCUCAAUGUUGAAUUGAGCAAGAGAGACCACAAGAUCAGUGAAAUUCUACAAAAGAUCCAGAAACUGCAAGAAGAAAAUUGUGCAUUCAAAGAGCAAUGGUUUAAAAAUGACAUUGAUACCAGCAAUAUGGCAAACCAAGAGAAGACUGAGAAGGAGUGUGUCCUCAAACUUCUGGAACUUCUGAAAGACUUUGAAAUCAGUGAAAAUGGUAAGACUGGCAAAGAACAUAAAGAUGAGGUAUGCACUGUAAAUGUGCUGGAGCAGGGACAAGACACCGAAGUCCAGGAUGAUGUUAUGAUCAACCACAUCCAUCAGAAGUAUGGGCAAGUCAUUGACAUCAGGGAGGAUGUUAUGCUAAAUCAAGGCCAACAAGAUUAUGGACAAGACAAUGACCUCAGGAAAGAGAUCUCAGUAAACCUAGGCAAGCAAGAGGCAAAGUGUGUUACUGAAUUACAACUGCAAAGAAGUUACCAUGUCGAUGAAGAAUGUGUGACUGUGGAAGAAAAUAUUCAAGAAGAAAUCUGUGCAAUUAAAAAUCCGAAGCAAAGAGGAGAGAAUGAUUGUAAUAAAGAUGUAAAGGGCACCCAAUGGAAACAUGAAGAAAUCCUUACUGUUACAGAGGAAGGGCACAUAAAAGACAAAGAUGUAAAUGAAGAUGUGAAGGUGAGUCAUGAGCAACGAGUUAGAUUUUGCUUACUCGAAGUACAGGACUCUGAACAAGAGACUGACCUCAGGGAAGGUGCUAGGAAGAAACAUGAAAAAGAAGAAGAUAAGUGCACUCUUGACAAAAAACAGAAAAGUGGAAACAGUGACAUGAAUGAAAAUGUGAAGAACCAAAAUCAGCCAGAAGAAGCUUGUUCAAUAAUACAGAACCAAAGGCAAGACAAUGACAGUAGUGAAGAUGCCUGGCUCCACCAAAGUCAAAGAACAGAAGACAGUGAAGAUGUUCAGACGAAUCUGGAGCAGCACAAUAAACUUUGUAUCAUCCAAGUGGAAGAGCAAAAUGGCAAAAAUUCUAUUAGAAAAAAUGUAACUAGCAACCAAAAUGAACCAGAGGAGCUAUGCUCUCUUGAAGAAGAUAAACAUGACAAAGAUUCUGAAAUGAGUGAAAAUGUAAGGAUGAAACAAGAAUUACUAGAGGAAAUAUGUUUUCUGAAGGACCAGUCAAAAAAGAGAAAUGCAGAACUCGUUCAGAAUUUGCAGGUAAUCCGUGGACUCCAAGAGAGGAAUCGCAUUCUUACUGAGCGGGAGAAGAGGAGGAAUACUGAGCUAGAAAACAAAUUACAAAUAAUCCAAGAGCUGGAGGGCCAAAUUCAUUUCCUCAAUUCAGACCUAUAUAGGAGGGAGGCAGAGAUUAGCAAUAACAUCCAUGUCAUCCAGAAGAUGCAAGAGGAAAUUCAGUAUUUCAGGGAGCACCUGAGGAGAAGAGAUAUUGAAAUUAGCAACAAUGUAAGGCUAAGUCAACAAAUGCAAGAGCACAUCAAUCUCCUCAGGACACAUGUGUCCAGAAGAAACUGGCUACAAUAUCCAGAUGGCUGGAGAGGCCCAAGAGAAACAUUUCGCUCUGAAAUAGAGGAAAGACACAGACACCAGUGA